AUGGUUCAAGAUGUCUUCUCGCUUCACAGCAUCGUCGCCGACGAUGAGCUGAGAUUUCCCUUUUCUCUCAAGGACUACCAGCGCUACAUCUUUGGCGACGACCGAUUGGCCCAUCGCCUCGGCACGGACCUUGCCAAGGCCUAUAUUCCCACUCUCCCCAGUCCCAUUGACGACUUCGCCGUUGCCGUCUUAUCCGAGCAAGUUCCCACGGCCACUCACAGUCUGCGCAACCAUUUUGUUGCUUACCUCAAUCGCCAUCUGGUAGCGAAUAAUGCUACUCCCGCUCUCAAGCUCGACUUCCACCAUGCCCGCGUUUCGGCGGAACUAGCUCGGGUCGGUCCGCCCGCCCGCACCAUCUACCAUAUCGACACCAAACGUCUCCAAAACCGCACCUUGAUUGUCCUUGCCGACAUUCGAACGAGUCAAGAUCGAGAAGAUGAAAUAAGGUGCUCUUUUGCUGUCCAAGGUAUCACCACCGUGUUUGCCUAUCUCGCAGCCCUCGGUGAUUCCGCAACCACGGUCGCCCUUUCCAACCUCCUCUCGUCUGUCAUUAGCCCCUCUAUGAAAGACAUCGAGGCCAUUACCCAAGGACCUCACUUUGUCAUGAAUGAAUGCUUUGUCAAAUUCAUACUAGAGAGGGAUAACGUCGACCUUUGCCAGUUCAUCAGACGACAAGAUGACCAUUUCGUAAGGUUGUUGCUCGACCAUGCUAUUUAUAGCAAUUUCUAUGACAACAAGGAGUACAUGGAUAAUAUCAGAUUUCUCCUCUGGGAGGUCCAGGCACGCGAAAGUGUAUAA